CUCGCAUCGAACACACGUCGCGACAUCGACAACUAUCGACACACCCCGACACGUGCGUCGCACAACCCUAUUUUGAACGUUCCAAUUUCAAAGUGUUGUCAAAGUGGCACGGGAUUUUUUCUAUACGCAAAUCGUUCUCGUACGCUGUACAGUGGUGUAGUGCAGUGACUCUGAGGAUAUGUGUGGUACAGUCGAGCGCAGGUGACAAUAGUGGUUACAUGUCAGUGAGUGGUGGACGAUGAUCGGUCGGGGUUGGAACACGAGCCGGCGGAAAAUUAAGGACUGGUCCAAAAUGGCGACCAAUGUCGCGCCGCACAUAUCACGGACGUCUAUCGUUUGUGUGUUAUUGGCUUUAAUAAGUACGAGGGUGAAAGCAGGUGACCUAUGGCCGAUGGAGCGGCCUGAAGGAAUGCCGGUUAUACAAUCCUUAGAAGUCAUGUGUGGGAAGGACCACAUGGACGUGCACCUCACAUUCUCGCAUCCGUUCGAAGGCAUCGUUUCAUCGAAAGGACAGCAUGGCGAUCCUCGUUGCGUUUACGUACCUCCGUCGACGGGUCAGACGUUUUUCUCAUUUCGGAUAGCGUACGCCAAGUGUGGUACUAAGCCUGAUCUCCACGGCCAGUUCUAUGAGAACACAGUGGUAGUGCAAUAUGAUAAAGACUUACUAGAGGUGUGGGACGAGGCGAAGAGGUUACGAUGUGAAUGGUUCAACGACUAUGAGAAGACAGCCUCCAAGCCGCCAAUGGUUAUCGCUGAUUUGGAUGUCGUACAGCUGGAUUUCAGAGGAGACAACGUUGACUGCUGGAUGGAGAUCCAGGCUGGCAAGGGACCGUGGGCGCCGCCAGUGUCUGGCAUUGUUCCUCUCGGAUCCACAUUGACAUUGGUUGUUGCCAUCAAUGAUUACCGAGGUGAAUUCGACAUGAGAGUGAAGUCUUGUGCGGCGUCAGACGGCUCCGGGCAUGUCAUACAGCUGUCGGACGAAUAUGGCUGCGUGUUGCGGCCUAAGAUGAUAUCGAGAUUCCUCAAGGCGAAAGCGGUUGACGAACGAGCAACCGUGAUCACAUACGCAUUCUUCCACGCAUUCAAGUUCCCGGACGCGUUGAGUGUGCAUAUACGCUGUAAGGUGGAGAUUUGCAGGCACGGCUGUUUGGACCACUGCCAGCUGGCGGGUAUCGCUCCGCAACGGCACGGUGCGUUGGACAGGAAGGACGACAGAGCUCAUCAGGAUCAUAAUGAUAUCGGCGACAACACAGUGGAGGAGUCGGAUCUAAGUUUGGCUGAAGACCACCAACGCCUACCAUUAGAAGAAGCCUUUGGUGAUGAAGUAUCAGGUGACGCAGUACCGGCCCCCGCACCUCAGCGAGCACCGGCGCCGGUUAGAGAAUCUGAUGCCGAUAGAAUGGCUGCAGUAGAAGAACUUGUUGAAGCUCUGGCUAGACCUUUUACUGACCGUCCAUCAGACCUUGGUGAGCGCGAGCGUUUCCCUCACGGUCCAAGGAAUUUGGAUGUCAAUAUCAAACCAGAGCCUUCUGGAGAUGCAGUAGUACCGGCCAAAAUCCCAGGCCCAGCUGUAGCAGGUCCCAGGUCUUUGCGUAAACGUCGUACAGUUCGUGAAGGCAGGUCUGCAGAUGUUGGAGUAUCAGGCAUCUAUGACGUUGUAUCGGAAGCUGAUCUUGCGUUUGGGCCGUCAAGAGAGCCGGUCACAGUCUUCAGCGGAAGAAUACGAGAAGAGGUAGUGUACGGCAUUUGUAUGGGCGCUGUUAGCUUCGGAGCACUAUUUGCAUCGGCGGCUGGUGCAGCAGCGGGAGCGGCCUUGGCUGCAGCAGUUUUACUUCAGAAACUUCGCUCGAGGAUGGCUUCACAAACCCCGCCACCUAUGUCCCCCGCAUCGGCAUCACAUUCAUUAGCAGCUUGGAUGGCACUAAGAUUACUAGGAUCCCCCCCACAUCCUCAUCAUUCGCGUGAGGGAUAGCCAGAACUUAUAGUGUAUAGUACACUUUUCCUUAAGACUGUUUUAUUAGAAUUGUUUGCGUAACUUGUUGCUGAACAGUCUCUUACUGUUUCUAACUUUUCUUUUAGUAGAUAUAUUAAUUCUUGAUUUUGUUAUUUUUCAGAAAUUUUCUGAUUUUUCGGACCUUGAAUUCCAUGAUUUUACUUUAUUUUCUCCAUUGCAUUAUUAUUCUCUUCACUCAAUUUUGUACUACGAAGUUUAGUAUUUUUAGAUUUCUUAAAUUAAGUAGUCUCUUUAUAUUUCUUAAUGUUUCCUUCUAUAUUAUACCGCUUGCGGCUUCGUUCAUUGAAAAUAAAAGUCCUCUUUAGUCCCAAUCCCGUGAAAACUUUGAAAAAUCCGAUCUAAAAAAUUAUAAAGAGUAAAGCAAAAUUUUAGUUUUCUAGGUCUAAGGAUUUGGGCUGGGCGUCUGUGAGUCAGCCAGUGCGUCAAUACUUUUCUUUUCAUAUAUUUAGAUUAGAUAAAUAAAAAUUGCUUAUUUCAUAGACUAAUUUGAUUCCAGAAUCAGUCUUCUUAUUGGUCAGUCAAAUAUAUUUUAUGUUAAGAUCUACCUUAAUCAUUUCAUUUAUAGCAAAUAACACUUAGGAUUAUGAAAUUAAAGGUUCUAGAUUUGCCUCGUAACAAUCGAUGGUGCUAAGUCGUGCUACGGACAUAGUCCAAAACCUGAUUGUAUUCACUUCACUGUUGUGAGCAUUUGUAAGUUUUAUUCAUAGGUAAGCGUUGUACAGAUUAUAUCUUAUUACUUAUGUACUAUUUUUAAAGUGUUCUUUACGUGUUUACAUUUAAAUAAGUAGGUAUAAACGUCGAGUCAUGCCAUUAGAAUAAGUUUAGAUAAAAUAUUUUGGAAACCUAAUCUUAUAAAACAGAUAUAUUUUCAGAAUAAUAUCUAAUAUCCAUUUUAUCAGUAAUAAUAAAUAAAUUACCUAAUAAUCUCAGUUUAUUUUACCAUGGUUUUUAUUUUCAUCAGUCGAAUUGUCAGCAAAAGUGUUUUUAGUGGAUAGGUAAUACCUAUUAUCUUUUUAAUUUUGUUUUUUUUUAAGUGCAUCAUAUCAUAAUUUGACUCAAAAUUAUGAGGGUGAAGUAUCCUUAAUAUUUUAAGUAUGGUGUUAACUUAAAUGGAGAAAGUUUUAGGUUUUAUAUAAGUAAGUUUAUUUGUAAAUGACCAGAACGAUGAAAGUGAGGUUACAACGAACAAGUUA